UUGUGUAUUUUUGUGAAUUAAUUAUUUGCGUAAAUCAUUGAUUAUAAGAUGUUUUAAUGUGAAUGUGAAUAAGUUUCGAGAUUGAAAGUAAUCAUGUAAAAAAUGUUGAUUACAUUUAAUCCUCGUUGAGUGAAUAUGAUCCCUAAAUCCUGGCCUCAAAAUGUUUGCUAGAUUGUGAUAAUGUCGCUCUGUUAUCAGACCCACUCGCAUUCGAUUUUUGACCGAGCAGAAGGUUGACGUAUCGCAGAAACUCAUCCUAAGUGUUGAAUUAAGUGCAGUGUUAUUCGGUUGAGUAUACGAAAUUGGUCAUCGGUCGACUUCUUUCAAUUGGACCUCAUCGCUUUUUAGUAAAGAAAAUAAUCCAUAAACGAAUGAAAAGGAACUAUACAGGGCAGUAAUCAGCUACGGUGCGAUAACAAUAAUUAUGGCGCAAAGUCCUAUCGACAAAAAAGAUAAUUCAACGAUCUCAAAAUUGAUACCGUUCAUAACAACGGUAGUACUAUAUUUUUCGCUCAUUCAACACACUGAACGAGGCAGUACCCCAUCUACUGUGCUAAAAUGCAUGCCAAUAUUCAGUUUAUUGUUCUUCCUUAUGCUUACAACUUCAAAAAGUGCCACAAUGCUACAAUAUCGGAAACGCAUCAUGUAUGGGCUUUUAUUUUCGUCACUCGGAGACUUUUUGCUGAACUAUGAUUUAUUUGAAGCUGGAAUGGGUGCUUUUGGAGUUGCUCAAGUAUUUUAUAUAACAGCAUUCGGAAUGAAACCACCGAGGCUAUGGAUUGGUGGAACUUUAUAUUUAUUAGGAUUUUUGGCAACUGCUGUGUUCUUUGGUAAUUUGAAACCAUUGAUAAAAGUAUGUCUUCCAUUUUAUGCUGUUUUAUUGUUGACCAUGUGUUGGAGAUCUUUGGCUCGAAUUGAUGGAUCACCUAAUUAUUCAAGACUUGUAUGUGGGAUUUCCAGCAUAUUAUUCGUCUUAUCUGAUGGAAUAAUAGCAUUUGACAAGUUUUUCACACCUAUUCAAGCAGCACAAACGUAUAUCAUGGUUACAUAUUACCUCGCACAAGUAGGAAUAACACUCAGCGUUAAUGAUGUUCGACUAAAUGAGCCAACCUUUAUUAAGCCUACAGAACGACGAAACAAAAACACUGCAUCAAAAUCAUAUUGAUUAUGAUUAUGACUAUAUGGCCAAUAUCUGUGAAAUAGUAAAGAACACUAAAUCUGUGAUUCUGCUUCUUCCUAAAAUUGAAAAACUUCCAUUAAACAUCAGAAUUAUAUACUUGUUGAGAGGACAAUAAAUAGACUGGUUUUAUACAUAUGUUUA